UAACAACACGAUCAAAUCAAUUACCAACAUGAAACCAUUUGAAGUAAUCUAUGGCCCUUAUAAAGAAUUAAAAGACAUCCCUGAGAUUGAUAAAAUGAGCGACUACAUUAAUAAACACUUAUCAGAAUUAAAAAUUACCUAUGACCAAAUUAAAAAGAGAAAUGAAAUCCUAAGCCAAAAGAAUUUAGAAAAAGCAAAUAAAUCCAGACCUGAUACCAAUGUAACCCUACCAGAUACUGUAUUUAUAAAGACUACUACAAAUCGAUCUAAAAGCGCACCUCUCUAUGACAAAAGACAGGUAACAUCCCAAGACGAUAACGAAAUAAUGUGUAAAGUCAAAAACAAUAAUCAAAAAGAACAUUUGAAAAAUAUAAAAAGAGUAAAGAAGCUUUCAUUGUUACAGCCACAAGAUGAAGCUGGUCCUUCUAAUAACAAUGAUGACGACUUGCUACGUCAUGACCAGAACGGAAUUAAUUAAAAUACCUAGCAACGUCACCUAUAUUGAAGAACAAUUAGGUUUAGCGCAAGCUCAUUCCCACUAUCACAAAUUCGUUUAUUUUAUUAACAUAACCCAAAUUAGAUUAAGCUACACUAGUUUACUAUCUACUACUGCCAUAUUAAAACUUAAGCAAAAGAACGAAAUAUUUAAUAUAUUAGAAAAUAUACUCAUACAAAUAGAUGAACAACUUCAGAAAAUCAAAAUUACACGUACAAAACGAGGUUUAAUCAACGGCAUAGGAACCGCUUUUAAAUACUUAUUCGGAACAGUAGAUGCUACUGACUACGACCAAAUAAAAGAAAACAUUAUUACACUCUUCAAUAACCAAAAGCAAACAAUGGAGAGGCAAUCGGAAUACUUAACAUUAGCUCAUCAUAUUACCAACGAUUAUAAGAACACAAUAAGCGAAAUUACUAAAAAUUUCAAUGAUACUUAUACUCGACUCAUUAAAGAAUUAACACAUAUUAACUACUCAGUAGAAUUAUUACAUCUUACAUUAAUUAGUCAACAACUAUUAAACAAACUACUAAUGAUUGAAAGAAGCUUAAGUUUAGCUGAAAAAGAUGCUAUCGAUUUCGAAGGAAUUUCGCUCAGCACCAAUAAAGCAUGGAAAUAUGAAGACUUGAACCAAGAACAAGGGAACUACAUAAUCAAUUAUAAAGAAACCAUCGAAGUCAACGAAAACUUCUACUAUAAAGACCCCACAAGAAUAGAAGAUACUCAAAUCAGAUUAGUUUCUUAUAACUUACCAAUACCACAAAAAUACAUCGAAAAUUUACCUCAUGCACCAAAUGAUAUGAGAACAAUUAAUGGAAUUCUACAAGAUAUAGAUAACAGGCCUCUACAUCUAAAACCAGUCAACUUCGCAACACACGUCACCAUUACUGGAAUCUUAUGUAUAAUUUUCAUAAUUACUGGUGUACUUAUGUGUUUUAGAAAAAGCCUUUAUUUACGUUAUAAUAAUUGGAAAAAUAAUAAAGAUCCUGCACCACAAUUAGAACUAACUGAACCAAUUCGAGAACCCUUUAUUGGACCACCGCCAGCUACAGCUCCAAUUUACCCGAAAAUCACUGUAUAACAAGAGAUCGAGGACGAUCUUUAAGCUAACCGGAGGAGAGUUAUGUCAACAUAUUUAUCGAUAACCGAUUAGUAUAUAAGCCAAUGUAACGUAGGCAUAGGGGAGCAGAAUAUUAUAGAGUAUUGAGUAGUGAACUGUAUUUAAGUUAUAUUAAUUAAAGUUAUUAUUAUAAUCAAGUGUUUCUGUCCCUUUCAAAAAAAAUUGUUACGACGAUCGUUUCAUCAUAACUAAAUUAAACAAAGGCGCAUGCGCGUAUCAAGUUACGCAUCUAGGUAUUCCUCAAGCUUCAGUAUGCACAUGGGUUGCUUAACGUUAGCGCCUAUUUACGCAGUUUAUUUUUCGGCGAAUCAUCGUUUCGGUGUCUGAGACCGAGGUUACAGUUGAUGCACGGUUUUUAGGUAAGACAGAGAAGUUUAUAAAUUUUGAAUAGGUUAUAAUUAGUGGUAUUUUUCAACAGAAUUUGCUAAUAUGACAUACGAGAAAAACCAAACAAGGCUCCAGAAAUUCGUAAAUGAAAUGUUGAUGGAAGAAGAUGAUGAAACAGUCCCCUUAGAUGGCGAUGAGAGUUUCUCAGAAAACAGAACAGCAACUUGAAAAUACGGAUUCGGAGCAAGACAUCGAUAAUGAAGAUGUAAGAAAUAUGGUGAGUUAGUGUCAGGAACGACACAGAAUGCCGUAUUUUAUUUCUAAAGACGGCUCAAAAUGGUGAAAACAUGUUGCCUACAAUCAACUGUGAAAACGCGCUCGAUGAACAUAGUGCCUCAUUUAGCAGGCCAAAAGAGCGAAAUUAGAUUGAAAAAAAGAGCAUCUGAAAUAUGGGGUUAUUUCAUGACAGACACUAUGUUAGAAAAAAUAGUUUUCUACACAAAUGAGUACAUCCGAUCUAAAUCAUACAACACUACGGACUUGAGGACUCACAAUAUCACUGAUCUAAUAGAACUGAAAGUUUUAUUGGCCUAUUAUACAUUUCUGGUGCUAACAAAAGUAGCCGUCAAAACAUUGAAGAUUUAUUUAGAAGCAAUGGGAUGGCGAUGGAAAUAUUUAGAUUGACAAUGUGCCAAAGAAGAUUUCAGUUUCUCUUGACCCACAUUCGCUUUGACAAAAAGAAUACAAGAGCAGAAAGACAAAGUUUUGACAAAUUUGCUUCAUUUCGUGAGAUAUUUGAUGGGUUUGUAUCAAAUUUACCUAAACAUUAUAAUCCUUCAGCUUAACUAACUAUAGAUGAAAUAUUAGCUUCAUUUAGAGGUCGUUGUGGAUUCAAGGUAUACAUUCUAAGCAAGCCAAAUCGGUACGGUAUAAAAAUUUAUGCCUUAGUUGACGCUAAAUUAUUUUAUGUAAUCAAGUUGGAAGUCUACUUGGGAAAACAGCAACAAGGACCUUUUGCUGUGGACAAUACGAAUCUUGCACUAGUUUGCCGGUUAUGCGAACCUGUCCGUGAAAGUAAUAGAAAUACAACCAUGGACAAUUUUUUUACAAGUAAAGUUGUUGCCGACACACUUUUGAGUGAUUAUCAUCUGACAAUAAUAGGAACAAUGCGCAAGAAUAAGCCACAGAUACCUUCAGAACUUAUUAUGACCCGAAGAGAAGAGUUCAAUGUUUGCCUUUGACGAAACGUCCACUUUAGUGUCCUACGUUCCACGUAAGAACAGUUGUAUCAUUGUUUUGCAACGAUACACCAUGAUGAAAAAUUGGAUGCAACAACUGGAAAACCUGAAAUGAUUGUAGAUUACAAUCACACAAAAGGUGGUGUCGAGUCGAUGUAGUGGACCAGAUGUCUGAAGCAUACAACUGUGCACGGGCAACUCGUAGAUGGCCACUUGUUGUCUUUUAUGAACUUUUGAAUGUGGCAGGUAUUAAUACAUGCAUAGUAUUCAGCACCAACAACCAAACAUCAACCCGCCGUCGAAAAUUUUUAGAGCAGUUAGGAUAUGAGCUUAUUCAGGAUCAUAUUUCAAGAAGAUCUACAAAUAAGAGACUUCCACGUACAAUUCGAUUACGUCUUCAGGAAAUGUGUGGAAUGAAAAUGUUCCUGCAAACCAAAAUCCAAUUUAUGGUCGAUGUCUGCUAUGUUCGUCCAAGAAGAAUAGAAAAACCACGUACAAAUGUCUAAAAUGUAGCCGGUUCCUCUGCUUAGAACACCUCCAUGGAAUUUGUCAUGACUGUUAUAUAUGGGAAGAUACAGAUGAGUAGUACCAGUUAUCUAUACGCACUUAUGUGAAUAAGACAUAUUUUUUGUUUAUUUUGUUCAUUAAACCAAUCCUUUGCAAAAGUUUUUUAACAAAUUUUUUUAAUUUUUUCUUUUUUUGCAUGCCUAUUAUCAAAUAUAAUGCUGUUCUAUGGUACGUAUAAUUCCAUGGUUAUUUUAUGUCAAAAAAGUGUAAUAAAAUGUAUAAAAAAUGUACCGAGACUUAAUAAAAUAUGUAUAUCGGAGUCGUUACUGCAAAA